GCCUUUUGGAGAGAAUAGAAAAAUAAGAAUAGAAACUGGAGUCAUUCACAGUGGUGAGACAAUAUUCUUAUCAGAAGAGAGAUGGCAGAAACCAGUUCUCCUGCAAACAUCAAAGAAAAGAUCAAUGCAAUCCGAUCAGUUGUUCCAAACAAAAGCAAUAAUGAGAUAGUUCUGGUGUUGCAGCAAUUUGACAACAAUGUAGACAAAGCUGUUCAAGCUUUUAUGGACGGUAGUGCAAUUCAGGUUCUAAAAGAAUGGAAUAUGACAGGGAAAAAGAAGAACAACAGGAGAAAAAGAAGCAAAUCUAAACAGCUCCAGGCCAAUAAAGAUCCUAAAGAUAAGAACGCUGGACCAGAGAAGGCGUCUCAGGAGCCCCAGGGAACACACRGCUGCCAUGUGAAUGGGCGCUAUAAGGACAACUGCUGCAGUAAUUCUAGCAAUGAAAAGUUGGAAGUCACCAGUCUUGAAAACAGAAGCUCRGCAUUUGUACAGUCAACACCUGUCUGUCCAGAAAUCACAGACAAAGGACAAGAACAGCAGAGAAUAUCCACAGAAUUAACCCCAAAGUCAAUAAAUGGAGUGGAUCAGUGCGAGCCUCCUCAGUCAUCAGCUCAACUUCAGUGUAACUCAGGCAGGCCAAAGUCAAAAACUUCCUCAGUUAAAUCACCCAACUCUACAGCCCACCUUGAAAUAAAGCCAGAUGAUUCGGUUAAAAAAAGAGGACCAAACAUUGAAAAAUCAUUGAAGGAUUUGCAGCGCUGCACUGUUUCUCUAACCAGAUACCGCAUGAUGAUCAAAGAGGAAGUGGAUAAUUCGGUGAAGAAGAUCAAAGCUGCAUUUGCAGAAUUACACAGCUGCAUCAUAGACAGAGAAGUGUCAUUAAUGGCAGAACUUGAUAAAGUUAAAGAAGAAGCCAUGGAAAUCCUGACUGCUCGGCAGAAGAAAGCUGAGGAGCUGAAGAGACUGACAGACCUAGCCAGUCAGAUGAGUGAGGCACAACUGUCUGAACUCAGGGCCGAAAUUAAGCACUUYGUAAGUGAACGAAAAUAUGAUGAAGAGUUGGGCAGGUCUGCCCGAUUUUCCUAUGAUACAGAGCAGCUGACAACCCAAAUUCAGCUGUGUGGAGAGAUUUCUCGCCCAAAGAACAACUAUUCCUCAAGAACACCAUGUAGUUCAGUGCUCUCUUCAAUAACUUCACAAGUAACAACUGGCAAGCAAAAUGCACACACACGAAAAUCUUCUAGUAAUGCCAAGAACUUUGAUAAUAAAACAGCCAACACUAAAGUACAAGGUCAUCUUUCUUCCAAUCCUACAGAAUCCUCUCCCCAAGGAAUCCCAACAAAUAAGCAGAAUGCACCCUCUAGCCAGAGACGAAGAUUCAACCCUCAGCAUCAAAACCCUCGGCUCAAUGGAUCUCUUAAGCCACAAGGUGCCAGUAAUGAGGCUGACCAAAGUAAUGUAAAGAGUGGUUCCAGGUCUGAACACAGAAGACAACAGCAUAACAGCUUCCGACAUAAAAACAAAGGAGCUAUGAAAAAUCAAGAGCAGUCCACGACUACAAGGACCACAGAAAAUGUGACGCACUCAGAAAAAAACAGGCGGAAGCAGCAUCCAGCAGACGCCGCGGAUCACCGUCCUUUCCGAGGCAGUGUUGGCAGGGUGUCGCAAUGCAAUUUAUGCCCUGCGAGGAUGGAGGUCUCUGCUGAUGCCACUGUGCUUUCAGUGCCAGCUGUGACUUUGGUGGCUUAAAAUGUCACAGUGAAGGCAGGCAGAGAAAUUUCAUGUCUUUAUUUUAGUUUACUGCUGGAGAUGCUUGUUGAAAUGGUGAAGAAAAUAAUUGAGAACACAGCCAUUUUAAAUCUGUUGCUGCUUAAAACUUGUUGAUAUCUUUAUUACUUGCUAAUUAUCAGCAUUAAUUCAUACUUUCAAGGCUUUGCCCAAUAUGCUCACAGUUAUUUUGUCAUGACAGUACAGAAUCUUACCAAAGCAGCAUUUACUACUUAGAAGAAUGAAAUCCUGACUGAAAAAUUGAAGAUUAAAUUCACAAUAGUAAAAGACCUGUUGUAGAUAUGUGGUUAUAUCAGUCAACAUUACUACUAUUUAGAGCAGCCAGUGCUGGGAAAGAUCCCAAGAAGAUUGUACGCUCUGGUCUGCAAUGAAAUUGAAUAAUCUUGUAGAAUUUUCUGAAAAAAGAUCUAUACACCUUUCUUUCUGUGUUUGUAUAUGUGUGUGUUUAUAUACACGUGCAUACAUAGACAUACAUGCACGCACACUGUAUACACACAGAGUAUUGUUAUAUACAAGAAAAUCUGAGAAAGUAGUACAUUUGAUUUUUUGCU